AUGGCCAAUACAGCCUUAAUCGGAUGUACCGGAAUGGUGGGGAGUUUCAUCCUCAACAACCUUCUCGCACAUCCCUCUGUUGCUCGUGUGGAUACAAUCUCCCGUCGCACUCCACAAGCCGCAUCUGCCGCCCAGACCAAACUGACCACAAUCGUAUCCGACGAUACGUCGCGCUGGGCCAGUGAGCUCUCCUCGCUCACUCCCACGCCAUCUAUCUUCUUUUCCGCAUUUGCCACUACUCGUGCAAGUGCAGGAGGUUUUGAGAACCAGUACAAAAUAGAACAUGGUCUGAACGUUGAGAUGGCACGUGCAGCGCGCGAUGCUGGUACCAAGGUUUACGUUCUGAUCUCAUCCGCCGGAGCUGAUAAGAAUGCAUACUUCGCAUAUCCCCGUAUGAAGGCUGAAAUUGAAGAAGACGUGAAGGCGCUAGGGUUUGAGAGGACCGUGAUUCUGCGUCCGGGUCUCAUUGCUGGGCAGAGAGAAGAGAGCCGGCCAAUGGAAGCUGCGAUCCGCUGUAUUGCUGGAUUUGCCGGAAAGAUACACUCUGGACUAAAGGACGGAUGGGCUCAGGAGGCGGACGUUAUCGCAAGAGCCGCCGUCAACGCAGGACUCAAGGCUUUGGAAGGGGAUGUUCCUACCGGUAGUGAGAAGGUUUGGGUCCUGGGUGGUAGCGACAUUAUCAAAUAUGGGGCUGGGUCAAAGAACUAA